AUGCCAAAAUCACGAGGGAGGGAGUGGGAGGGCAGCGUGGUGAGCUGUGCGUGGCAGCAAGAGUGCACAGAGGACACUACGAGGGAUCGAGCAGGGCACUACAGGCGCUCGAGUGAAUUUGUCUCCCUCACGGUGCUGGAACUCCUCUCCUCCCCCUCCCCGUUCCCCAGCUCCUCCCCCUCCCCGUUCCCCAGCUCCUCCCCCUCCCCGUUCCCCAGCUCCUCCCCCUCCCCGUUCCCCAGCUCCUCCCCCUCCCCGUUCCCCAGCUCCUCCCCCUCCCCGUUCCCCAGCUCCUCCCCCUCCCCGUUCCCCAGCUCCUCCCCCUCCCCGUUCCCCAGCUCCUCCCCCUCCCCGUUCCCCAGCUCCUCCCCCUCCCCGUUCCCCAGCUCCUCCCCCUCCCCGUUCCCCAGCUCCUCCCCCUCCCCGUUCCCCAGCUCCUCCCCCUCCCCGUUCCCCAGCUCCUCCCCCUCCCCGUUCCCCAGCUCCUCCCCCUCCCCGUUCCCCAGCUCCUCCCCCUCCCGGCACUGUGCUCCCCCCAUCCCCGCCCUCCUCCCUGCCGCCUUCCCCCUCCUUCCAAGACGACAUUGCCUGGUUCUGCCUGUCUUUUAUCGCCCUAAUCGCGCGCAUAGGCCUCUCCCUGCUGAGCCCGAUUCUCUGCACCGAGACCCCGCAAUCCGCGCCGUUCCUGCUCGCGCUCGUCCAAUGGCUGUUCUUCGGCCUCCCCGUGCUCUCUUGGUGUCGGGCUUGUUGCUGGGUCCUUUGCUGCUGCCAGAUGGGACCGGAGGGGAUGUGUUUGCGACAGAUGCCUCUGCUACAGCCGCCGCUGCCCUGCCCUUACUGGACCUGCUACAGCAGAGUGUAGCGGUGUCGCCGGCUGCAGCAGAGGAGCUGCUGUUCAAAGGGCUGCUGCUGACGGCCCUGCAAGAAAGGCUCGGCAGAUCGACGCGCCAUGCUGUCUGCAGCCCUCUUCGCUUCUUCCACCUCUUCCUCUCGCUCCUCUUCCCCAACAUGGCCCUUGGGAUUGCUGCCUGCCGGCCUGCUCGCUGUCUACCCCAAUAG